CCUGCGCCCAAUCCCUAGUCGUCUUCUGCGCCUGUUUUCCCCUUUCUCUCUCUCGAGAAUUCGUUUGAACAUCAAUAUCGGAGAAAAUAAGGAAACCCUAAUUUCUGCAACUGGAAAAAGGAAUGGCGAAUGGAACGGGUACGGACGCACAGACGAAGCUGGUAAAGGACAUAAUACUCUACGCGGCCAGCACCGCCUUGAGCUUGGUGGUGAUGUUCACGGGGCUCCGCUACCUGGACCCAAAUCGCGAAGCGUCCAAGAAGGCCGUGGAGUUCCGGAAACAACUCUCCAAACGCUUAGGCCGCACUCUCAUCCAUACCACCCCCUACGAGGACAUAAUUGCCUGCGAUGUGGUGAAUCCAGCAGACAUGGAUGUUGAAUUUGAUUCAAUUGGGGGAUUGGAUGGAAUUAAGGAAGCUUUGUUUGAAUUGGCUAUUUUGCCUCUAAAGAGGCCUGAGUUGUUUGUUCAUGGGAAGCUGCUUCGUCCUGUGAGAGGUGUGUUACUGUAUGGGCCACCUGGGACUGGGAAGACAAUGCUUGCAAAAGCAAUUGCCAAAGAGUCUGGAGCUGUAUUUAUCAAUGUGAGGGUUUCAAAUUUGAUGAGCAAGUGGUUCGGUGAUGCUCAAAAGCUUGUGGCAGCUGUUUUCAGUUUGGCUUAUAAACUCCAGCCUGCUAUAAUAUUCAUUGAUGAGGUUGACAGUUUUUUGGGGCAGCGAUCUGGAACAGAAAAUGAAGCACUAACCAUCAUGAAGACUGAGUUCAUGGCUUUGUGGGAUGGUUUUACCACUGAUCAGUGUGCUCGAGUUAUGGUUCUAGCAGCAACCAAUCGCCCUUUUGACCUUGAUGAAGCAAUACUUAGGCGCUUCUCUCAGGCAUUUGAGAUUGGAAAACCCGAUCGUGUUGAUAGAAUAAAGAUAUUGCAGGUAAUUCUGAAGGGUGAGACAAUAGACAAUAACAUUGACUUCAACCACAUUGCUGGGUUGUGUGAGGGGUACUCUGGUUCUGACAUUUUUGAGGUCUGCAAGAAAGCCGCCUUCUUUCCUGUGCGAGAUUACUUGAAAGAUGAGAAGAAUGGAAGAAAAUCGCAAGGACCAAGGCCCUUGUCGCAGUCUGACCUGGUGAUCGCUUUCGCUGAAUCCAGGAAAGCUGAGGUUGCUGCAUAUAAGGGCCCAUGUUUAGUAGUGGACAGAUCGGAUGACUAUGAGGACUUAGACUGAGUAUGAUGGCAGUUGACAGCAUCCAUCUGCUUGUUCUGACAGUUAGAAUUCACAACUAUUUUAGGAACGCUUUAUUCUAACCACAGAUUCUUACAUUGCUGCCGAGUACAAUUGGUCAAAUGCAAAACAUAAUUAUUUCUUUGCGAAACAAUAAGCUGAGAAACUGCAGUUGAUUACUACAUUAUUUGAUGUACACUGGAAUAUUGUUUUACUUAUUUUGUUUGCCAUAUCAGGUAGCUGUUAAAAUUGGUUAGGUUUUCCAGGCAUUCAACUGCUGAAGCUCCUCUCUCUUGCAUUUCAGGAUAGUUAGCUAUAGUUAGCCAAGGAUUAGUUGAAUUUCUUAGUAUUAGCUCAUGUAUAAAUUGCUUCUAUCUUAUUGAGGAUGUAUCCAGAACCAGAAGCUUUUGAGUUAAUGAAAUUCUUUUUUUUUUUUUC